AUGUGUCCGUGGAUUGCUGAGGGCUGUUGCCGCCACGGGGACUUGUGCAAUUAUGCGCAUACACCCGAGCAGCUGCGUCCUUGGUUGCCUUUAUACAAAACGAAGCUUUGUGAUGCAUUUAAGCGAGGCGAAUGCACCAACGAUGACUGCAAUUUUGCCCACGGGGCGGAGGAGUUGCGGCACACGACAGGUUAUUACAAGACAGAGUUAUGUCAGUUGUGGCUGGCUGGCAGUUGCCCUUCUCGGGAAGUUUGUCGUCAUGCACACGGAGUUCAGGAGUUACGCCCCAAGACCCAGCUAGCCCGGAAGAACAUAGCGUUUCUUCUUGGGUCUCAGAGUCAAGGGACAGGAUCAAAGGAGACAACUACAGCAACUGAAGAAGAAGGGGACACCACGCCAGCUAUAGGUGCUGCUGCUGAGCUGCAGCUGCAGACGCUUCGAGAUGGCAGGCUGCAGGAGACAGCUAAACACAACGCGCAGGAGAACAACGGCAGCAAACGUGCAGAGGAGGAGACAGCAGCAGCCCCAGGAACGAAGAGUGACAGCAAGAAGGAGAUAGCCGAGGAGACACCCGCACCAGACAAACAACUCAGACUGGCACUGCAGCGGCUGAAGUUCAGACACUCAACAGACCACCAGCAACAAUCUGCGGAGGAGGGUUGCGACACCUUGAGGGCUCUCCCCGCCGAUCAGCAGCAGCAGCAGCAGCAGCAGCAGCAGCAUGAGCAACAGCGACACCAGCAGCAGCACGAACAGCAGCGGCAGAAGCCGCAGCAGCAAAAACAGCAGCAGCAGCAGCAGCAAGAGGAAGCCCUUGAAAACAACGGCCUCACGCAAAAUUCUGCUGCAGUCGAAGCAGCAGCACACCCGCGCAGAAAGUCCGGGGGCACUCGCAAGGUACCCAAGCAGCAGCAGCAGCAGCAGCAUCAUCAGCAGCAGGAGGGAGGCUCGCAGCAGCAGCGCCAUCGACGUACAGGGUCUCCCCGUCCGGCGAAGUCGUCAGCGGCUCAGCAGCAACAGCAGCAACAACAACAGGUGCAACAGCAGCAGCAACAGCAGCAACAGCAGCAAGAGACAAGUGGAGCGCGUGUGCUUCGUGGUUUCCGGCUGUCUCGUGAGGGUUUAGAAACUCCUUCGUUAAGUGUAUCUGCAUCUCAGGGUUCUCUGUCUUACGCAGCAGCAGCAAACGGCAGCAAAGGAGCAGCAGCAGGCCUUAGAAACUGUGGGGCCGCAGAGUCGGCUUUAGAGACACCUCCUCAGUCGGGGACACCUGCGUGGUGUAUAGGCACCUCCCCGUCACCUUCUGUUGGAGAUACCGUAUCUGCAGAGGAGGGCUCAUGGGCGCUGGGUCCCCCGCUGCAGCUGCCGGCUUGCGGCCCCGCAUGCAGCAACUGGGGGCCCCUGGGAUCUGCUGCUGCUGCUGCUGCUGUGCCGGGGCGGCUGCAGCAGAUGGGAGGGGCCCCCCCUCCUCAUCCUUACAGCAGCUUCGCACAGAAUGCAUGCGAGCUCGCGAUGCAGCAUUCACCUGCUCUGUUUUCAUUCUCCCCUGCCCCGAUGGCUCCCUGUCUCUGUCAUCAUCACCCUAAUGCUGAGCUGCUGCACCGCCACCUACAGCAGCAGCAGCAGCAGCAGCAGCAGGUGCCACAGGUGCAGGUGCAACAGCAGCAGCCGCAGCAACAGCCUGGGCACGGGCAGCAUGUCCCCUGUGUCUGUCAGUUUACUGCUGCAGUGCCGCCUUCGGGGGGCCCGUACCUUAACGCUCUUCCUCGUUCUUUGCCUCUUGCUUCUGCUGCUGGUAUGGGGUGGGGGUCUCUCUUUAUGCCUCAUUCCUUCUGUGUCUUGCAGAGCCCCACAAGCUGCCCCCAGCACGGCUGUGUCGCUCCUAGGGGCCCCCAGUGGCAGCAAGACAGCUUGUUGGGGCCCGUGCAUGUGGGAGGUGCUGAGAGGAUCUUCUGCUGGAUGCAGCAAGUACCGUUAAAGGAUCUGCAAAUGGCCGCCUCUGUUGAGAGGCUCGCAGCGUCUCCUUUGCCUUGCUGGGCUGUCUGUCUCCCGGCGUUUGGAAGGAGACAGAAGGAAGAGAGACAGGGAGAGGAGGAGGAGAUAGGAGAGGCAUGGGCGUAA